AUCCAAUCCCGGAAGUAGCUAUCUAGUUGACAAAUUUAAACAUGGUAGCGUCCGUAAUGUCACGCCGGUAGAAUAUUUGUGUCUUUUUCGAGCAAAGUAUAGUUUUUAUGAAUUAAUUGUAACGUUUUUGCAUUAGAAGUAUCUUUGGGUGACUUUUUAUAUAUAAAUGUUGGCGUCACUGGUUUUCAACGUGACGAAGGUCAGACAACUUUUCUCUCGGUGCAGGACGCUGUCCACCGACACGCCGAUACCAGGGAAUGGCUCUCACGGUGCCCCCACCGACACGCCGAUACCAGGGAAUUGCUCUCACGGUGCCCCCACCGACACACCGAUACCAGGGAAUGGAACUGACGGUAUUGACACUGAUACACCGAUACCAGGGAAUGGCUCUCACGGUGCCCCCACCGACACGCCGAUACCAGUGAAUGGCUCUCACGGUGCCCCCACCGACACACCGAUACCAGGGAAUGGAACUGACGGUAUCGACACUGAUACACCGAUACCAGGGAAUGGCUCUGACGGUGCCCCCUCCGACACACCCGUCCAGCCUGAGCCCAAGAGACCCUGGAAGGACCCCAUCAGCUGCUCCGUGUUCCUCUUCCCGGGGCAGGGCAGCCAGUUUGUGGGCAUGGGACGCGGACUGUUGAGGUACCCCAAUGUUGGAGAAAUGUUCAAGGUGGCCCAGAAAAUCCUCGGCUACGAUCUUCUGUCCCUCUGCCUAGAGGGACCCAAGGAGGAACUGAUGAAGACGGUUCACUGUCAGCCGGCUGUGUUUGUCACGUCCCUGGCUGCCGUGGAGAGGCUAAACCAGGAAAACCCCAAAGCCAUUGAGACGUGUGUUGCAGCCGCUGGUUUCAGUGUGGGAGAGUUUACCGCGUUGGUCUUCUCCGGGGCUCUGACCUUUGCAGAAGCGCUCUAUGCAGUGAAAGUGCGCGCGGAGGCCAUGCAGAGAGCGUCGGAGCUGGUCCCCAGUGGGAUGCUGUCAGUGAUGGGCAAACCUCAGGCGCAGUAUAAACUAGCCUGCCUGCAGGCGAGGGAGCACUGUAAGACUUUAGGCUUGGCGGAGCCUGUCUGUUCCGUGGCUAACUAUCUCUUCCCCGACGGCAGGGUCAUCGCCGGGCACAAGGAGGCACUGGGUUUCCUGCAACAGAACUCCAGUCGUCUUCAUUUUGCGAGGACAAAAAUGCUGCCGGUGAGCGGGGCGUUCCACACUGACCUCAUGGCGUCGGCCGCUGAACCCCUCAAAGAUGUUCUCAGACAGCUGGAGGUGCGACGUCCGGAGAUCAACGUGUACUCCAACGUGGACGGCAAACGCUACAUGAGCGGCGGGCACGUGCGGCGGCAGCUGGUCAAGCAGCUGGUGUCGCCCGUCAAGUGGGAGCAGUCGCUGCAUGAGAUUUUUGAGCGUGGGCAGGGUCAAAAUUUCCCGCACACCUUCGAGGUGGGACCCGGGCGGCAGCUGGGCGCCACGCUGCUCAAGUGCAACCGCAAGGCCUUCGGCGCGUACACGCACGUGGAUGUCGUCGUGGAAGACGCAGGUCCUGAUUGACAUUUAUUAUAAUUUUUUUAUUGAAUAAAGAGACAAUUUGAAGUAAGAA